AUGAAGGAGAUGCCCUUGAAUAGAUUCAUGCCCUUCCUUUCAAAAUGUUGUACUUCUACCGUUCAGACAUUCUCAUCAUAUUCAUCUUUUUCCUCGUCCUUGUCCCCGAUACAACCCUGGUUAUUUGUCGGUCUUGGCAACCCUGGUGAGAAGUAUCAAUCCACCGGGCAUAACGUGGGUUUUGAUAUGAUAAAUGCAUUUUGCAUAAUCCUGUGGUAUACCCCCGACUACACAUUACUUCAAAGCACUCUUUGGUGA